AGCAACAAGGCGGGGGCGAUCGAUCGACCAUGGUGUUAGCGGAGCUCGGGUCCAAGCUGCAGGGCGCGCUGGCCAAGCUCAACCGCACGACGGUGGUGGACGACGAGGUGUUCAGCGCGCUGCUGAAGGAGAUCUGCGGCGCGCUGCUCGAGUCGGACGUGCAGGUGAAGCUGGUGCGGCAGCUGCGCGACAAUGUCAAGCUGGCCGUGAGCCUCGAGGACGCGAGCUCGGGCGUGAACCGCCGGCGCCUCAUCCAGAAGUCGGUCGUGGACCAGCUCGUGCAGAUGCUGGAGCCCGAGGCGCAGCCCUACAAGAUGAAGAAGGGCCAGAGCAACGUCAUCAUGUUCGUGGGUCUGCAGGGUAGCGGUAAGACCACGAGCAUCGCCAAGUUCGCGCACCACUACCAGCGCAAGGGCUGGAAGACGUGCAUGGUCUGUGCCGAUACCUUCCGAGCCGGUGCCUUUGACCAGCUCAAGCAGAACUCUACUAAGCUGCGCAUCCCGUUCUACGGUAGCUACACGGAGGCCGACCCCGUCCGCAUCGCGGAGGAAGGUGUGGCCCAGUUCCGGGCCGAGAACUACGAGCUUAUUCUCGUGGAUACCAGUGGUCGCCACAAGCAGGAGGCCGACUUGUUCGCCGAGAUGAGGGAGGUCUCGGCGGCCGUGCAGCCCGACGACGUGGUGUUCGUCAUGGACUCGACCAUCGGUCAGGCUGUGUUCGACCAGGCCAGCGCCUUCCGUGAAACGGUGGACGUCGGAAGUGUGAUCAUUACCAAGCUGGACGGUCACGCCAAGGGUGGCGGUGCUCUCAGUGCCGUCGCGGCUACUGGAUCGCCGAUUAUCUUCUACGGUACGGGCGAGCACUUUGCCGACUUUGAGUCGUUCAAUGCGCAGAGCUUCGUGAGUCGUUUGAUGGGCAUGGGAGACAUCCGCGGACUGAUGGAGGAGGUGAAGACCAGCGGCAUGCUGGAUAACCAAGAGGAAAUGGUCGAAAAGUUCCAGAAGGGCGUGUUCACGCUGCGUGACAUGUACAAACAGUUCCAGAGCGUGAUGAAGAUGGGACCGCUGAGCAAGGUCAUGUCCAUGAUUCCUGGCCUGCCGCAGGGCAUGAGCGAGAUGAUGAACAUGGGCGGCGGAGAGGAAGAGGCCUCGAAGCGGCUCCGGCGGUUCCUCUUUAUGAUGGAUAGUAUGACGGACGCUGAGCUUGAUGGCAUCGUGCCGCUCUCGGAAUCGCGCCAGACGCGCGUCGCGCGUGGCUCGGGCUGCCAGCUUUAUGAGGUUGAGUUUCUGCUUAAGUGCCACAAGCAGUUCGCGACCGUUGUGAGCCGCAUGGGCAAGAGUGGCCUCAUGAAGACUGGCGAUGCGGCACUCGGCAAGCAGAUGGCUCGCAACCCGAACGCUGUGAUGCAGCAGCUCUCCAAGGUCAUGGACCCGAAGAUGAUGGCGCAGAUGGGCGGCCCGCAGAACAUGAUGCGGAUGAUGAAGCAGAUGCAAGGUAUGGACCCCAGCGCACUAGGCGAUAUGGCCAAGAUGGCCCAGAGCAUGGGUAUGAAGAUGCCCUUUUAG